CCCGAGCCGCGACUGGCGGUCGGGCGGGGCCGCCGGGGCUGCUGGGAAGGUGGCGGACUCGGCGGCCCGCUGAUGAGGAGGCCGUGGGGGGAGCUCGGCUCCCGGGUCCCGAGAGCGAGCGAGGGAGCGGCCUGCGCGGGUCCGAGGCAGCCAUGGUCUCCAUCACCCAAUUCCAUGCUUCGAGUCUUGCUCUCCGCCCCGGCUUCCACAGCUCGGCUGUCCAGCCUGUUGCUCUUCCCGCCGGUGCAGCCCUGCUGCCUGGGCCCCGGCAGGUGGGGAGACCGGCCUCCUGGAGGGGGGCCCCCCGCAGGCCCAGCGCAGGGGCUGCAGAGGCUUCUGGAGCAGGCCCGGAGCCCCGGGGAGCUGCUGCGCUGGCUGGGCCAGAACCCCAGCAAGGUACGGGCCCACCACUACCCCGUGGCGCUGCGGCGGCUGGGCCAGCUCAUGGGGGCCCGGCCGCGACCCCCGCCCGUGGAGCCCUCCACCCUGCAGGACCUGAGUCGCCUCAUCAUCCGGCACUGCCCCGCCUUCGACACCCAGACCAUCCACGUGUGUCUGCACCUCGCCGCCUUACUGGGGUUCCCAGCUGAGGGGUCCCUGGUGCGCACCCUGGAGCAGCAGCGCAGGUCCCGGCUCCCGCCGAAGCCGAAGCCGCCGCCGCCGCCGCCGCCGCCCCCUCCGAAGCUGAGCCGGCAAGAUGGGCUGGAAGCUGCCCUGAGCUGCCCCCGCUUCGCGAGGUCCCCACAGCAGACUCUCAUCCGCAGCCUGGCAGAGGCCAGGCCGGAGGAACUGACACCCCACGUGAUGGUGCUCCUGGCCCAGCACCUGGCCAGGCACCGGCUGCGGGAGCCGCAGCUUCUGGAAGCCAUCGCCCACUUCCUGGUGACCCAGGAGGACCAGCUCAGCAGCAAGGUGGUGCAGAAGCUGGUCCUGCCUUUUGGGCGGCUCAACUACGUGCCGCUGGAGCAGCGGUUCACGCCGUGCCUUGAGAGGAUCCUGGCCCGGGAGGCGGACGCGGCGCCCCUGGCCACCGCCAACAUCCUCAUGUCGCUCUGCCAGCUGCAGCGCCUGCCCCCGCGGGCCCUACACCUGGUCUUCUCCCCCGCCUUCAUCAACCACGUCAGCGGCACCCCUCAUGCUGUCAUCCUGCGGCGCUACCUCUCCCUGCUGGAUGUGGCCGUGGAGCUGGAGCUGGCAGGCUACCAAGGCCCCCGCCUCCCGCGCCGGCAGCAAGUGCCCGUGUUCCCCCAGCCCCUCAUCACUGACCGUGCCCGCUGCAAGUACAGUCACAAGGACAUGGUCGCUGAAGGGCUGCGCCAGCUGCUGGGGGAAGAGAGGUACCUGCAGGACCUGACGGUGCCCCCCGGCUACUGCACAGACUUCCUGCUAUGCGUGAGCAGCUCUGGGGCCGUGCUCCCCACGAGGACGCAGGAACCCUUCCUGCCCUACCCUCCCCGGACCCAGGCCACCACCGGGGACCCUGUCCAGAGGGUGGUGCUGAUGCUGCGUGAACGCUGGCACUUCUGCCGCGACAGCCGCGUGCUGCUGGGCUCCCGGGCGCUACGAGAGCGCCACCUGGGCCUCAUAGGCUACCAGCUGCUGCCGCUGCCCUUCGAGGAGCUGGAGUCCCAGCGCGGCCUGCCCCAGCUCAAGAACUACCUGAGGCGAAAGCUGCAGGCCCUGGGCCUCCACUGGGGGCCGGAGGGGGGCUGAGGGCGCCCCCUCCCCCACGGGGGUGGACACUUGCACUUUGGACCCUCAGUUUCCGUUUCCCCAAUAAAGUUCCUGCAUCUCCGUG